CUAUGAAAAAUAUGAAAACGAGUUUAUUGAAGUGCAGAUCUAUUUUCCAGUAUUUGAUGGGAGGGGGAGGGGCUUCUCAAGAGCGUUUAAAAAUUCAUUUGCAUACAAGACAGUGAAAGAUCGUAUGCCAGUAAUCGUAGCAAAAGUUGCAGAUUCUGUGUUCAGAGCACAAUCCACUAUCAAAGAAAGUCAUGGAGAGAAAGGAAGUGAAGAUUUGAAAACCAUAGCUGGAUGUGUGUCAAAGCUUAGAAAUGAGAUGAUGACUAAUAAAGUCCUGAUACCAAUUGAGGACAGUAGGUCAGACACAAAGACAUGGAACGCCUAUUUGACUGAGGUGACCACACAAGAGGGCCAGGCACCAGCAUGGUUCACCAGUCCCUGGCUGUAUGUGGAGUGCUACAUGUACAGGCGCAUACAGGAGGCCGUAGAGAAGUGUUCGUGCUUGACGCAGUAUGAUGUGUUCAGAGCAGAGAAGGAGGUGGCUCUAUCAGGGUCUCAGGAGGCUGUUCACACUCUCGUCAAGUUCCUAUUCUCCCUCGUUAAGGAAAUUGAGGGCGGCAAAGAGUCAAACACCAGGGAACUAUUUGAUCAAUUUAUGCAGGUGUGUCUGUGGGGCAAUAAGUGUGACCUGUCCAUAUCAGCGGGCAUGGAGAACUCUCAGGUCUCAUGCCCCCUCGCCCAGGUAGACACACUCAGAGAGUAUGUGCUGAUCAAUGACCUUGACCUCGUAUGGAAUCAGCUGCAGAAAACAGGGCCCGUCAGGGUUGACGUUAUACUGGACAACGCUGGGUUUGAAAUCAUUACUGACCUCUGUCUGGCUGAAUUCUUGCUCACAGCUAAGCUGGCUUCUUCCAUACAUUUCCACUGCAAAGCAUUCUCAUGGUUUGUCUCUGAUGUCACAAAGGACGACUUUGACCACACAUUGAGCUUUCUUAUGUCCAGUAACAGUAUGGCAAUGGAUUUCGUAUGCAAACGAUGGAAAGAACAUCUGCAAAACGGCACUUGGAAAAUCCAUACCCAUGACUUCUGGACGUUACCAUUCCCUUAUUGCGAAAUGGAAAAGCGCUCAAAUGAUUUAUACAUGGAACUGGCGCAAUCUGGUUUGCUAAUUUUUAAAGGCGAUUUGAAUUAUCGCAAACUGGUUGCAGACCUUAAUUGGCCAGCUAGCACCCCAUUCGUUACGAGCCUUCAGGGGUUUGGUCCCGGGCCUCUUGUUAGCCUGCGCGCACUGAAAGCGGAUGUGGUGACCGGGCUGCGUGAGGGACAGGCUGAUGAGAUGCAGACGAGAGAUUCUCAAUGGAUGAUCAACGGAAACUGGGCUGUGAUGUCAUUUGCUGACAAACACUAGACGUGCAGUCUAUUUUGCAUGUGAUUUUUAUGCCACCGCGGUUUAGGAAGAGUUCAGCACUGCACUUGUCCAUCAGUCUGUAUGUAUUAACAUACGCCCUAAAGCUUGUUUUUCAGUGUUUUAAGGAUCGAAAUGAAAGGAAUUUCGGCUGUUUUUGGAAGAAUUAAGUUUUUUUGUCUUUCUGUCCAUUCUAGAAUAUGUAUAUAGUGGAUAUGUCUGUCUAAACAUAUCGGGGGGGGGCGGAAACAUCAGUGUCUGUUACUUAUUUUUUGCAAACAAUAAAAUCCCUAAAAAGUCAGGCAUAAGAAUAUGUGGCUCCUGUUCAAAAUUGUAACCUUGAUUUCGAACGUGUCAAUGUUUCAUAAUACACCGUAAAAAUUAAUGAUUCUUUCCUUGUUUGUAUGCAUUCUUAACAAUUUUAUGGGACACCGGUAACUGCAGCCUAAUAGUGGGGACAUACAUGUUAUCCUUGUUGUGAGGAUAAGGAGGAGGUGCAAGAGAACGAUGCUCAAUUGGCUAUUAAUCACUCGGAUGUCAGUUUGUCGCUGAAGAACUCUAAUCGUGUUGGGGGGUUUUCUUAAUGACAUAAUUGUGACUUUUUGCAAUAAUGUUAUAUCAUGUAUUUUAAUUGUUAUUUUUUAUUAACGGAUUUCCUUGCUGCUAUUUGCGAUAAUUGUUUACACUUUUGGAGUUACUCUUUAAUGUCUCUUAUUAAACGUAUAAAAAGU